CUUCUACUCGUAGCUGAAAAACAAUAAGUGCACCCGAGAAUCUGACGCCAUUUCUAGAAAACAUCCAACCUACCCAAACGGAGAUAGAUUUCCGUCAAAUAUAGCGGCCCGACCUCCGUAGCUCAGAGAGCUCGGGCAUCGGGUAUGUUGCAAGAGCGAGAGAUGACGUGGAAUAGACAGUGAUCAACAUUUUCACGAAGGAGACUAAUCCACUUCUUACCCACCCUGGCCCGAGCUACUGCAGCCCAUACUUGAUCUCAACAUGUUCUGUGUAGCAUACCAUGUCAUCGCAAAAAAAGGGCCAUGCCAUCCCCGCAGUGCUGGGAUGGAUGAACCCAUGUGACUUUCUGCAUGGCCUGACGGGCUAUAAAUAGGCGACCCCUCUCUGGGCAUAGGGAUCUGUCUUUGCAGACAUUUGAACAGCGUUGGGAGUUCAAACAAUUAAUCGAAAGAUGGAUACCCUCCAAAUGAAAGCCCUAGUCUACAAAGGCAAGGACAAAUUCGGUGUCGAAGAUCGUCCAAUUCCCCUCCUUCACUCGGCAUCCGAUGCGAUCGUCAGGAUGCGCCACACGACUAUCUGCGGAACAGACCUCCACAUCCUCAAAGGCGAUGUUCCCGCCGUCAAGCCGAACCGAGUCAUCGGCCACGAAGGGGUCGGAACACUCAUUGGAAAAGGAUCCGCAGUCACAGGGCUCCAUAUCGGCGAUACAGUGCUGAUAUCAAGUAUCAGCGCCUGCGGGGUCUGCAAGUCCUGCCGCAAAGGCCUUAGCGCCCAUUGUAUGGACGGAGGUUGGAUGCUGGGAAACAAGAUAGACGGAACACAUGCCGAGUAUGUGCGGGUUCCGCAUGCCACAACGUCUCUGUACAAGCUUCCCGCGAACAUUAACCCGGCUGCGGCUGUUGCUCUAUCGGAUGCGUUGCCGACUGGGAUGGAGUGCGGCGCGAUGAGUGCCUCCGUGCAGCCUGGACAUCUCGUUGCGAUCGUGGGUGCUGGGCCGGUUGGUCUGGCGGCGCUCCUUUCUGCUAAACUCUAUACACCCGCCAAGGUGGUGGUGAUCGAUAAAGAUGAGACCAGGCUUGACCACGCCCGGAGAAUCGGGGUGGAUCAUGCCAUUAAUCCAGACACUCCUGGUCUGAUGAAAAUACUGAAUGAGAUCACCGAAGGCUCAGGCUUCGACUCGGUGAUUGAGGCUGUGGGCAUACCGAGCACCUUCGAGCUCUGUCAGCAAUUGGUUGCCCCUGGUGGCACGAUAGCCAACGUUGGUGUUCAUGGGCGAAAAGUUGAUCUGCAAUUGGAUCAACUGUGGGAUCGUAAUAUCAGCAUCAAGACCCAGCUGGUCAAUUCUCAUUCUAUCCCAACUCUUUUGAAGCUUUCGCGAGCUGGGCUUCUAAACCCGGAUAGUAUAGUGACUCAUUCCUUUCCAUUCUCGGACAUUACUGGGGCUUACGCAAGCUUUCAGAAUGCAGCUGAGUUGGGAACCCUCAAGGUAAAGAUUGAUUUUGAGCAGCAUGAACCGCAUCGAAACUAGACACGCCGGUAGUAUCUUAGGCCAAGUUUGUCCUUCGCCAUUCAGUCAAGCCAACUGCCUCUCAUGGAUAUAGAAGUUGAUAGAGAUAGCUAUGAUUCAAACUGAGCGUAGGUAUACACUCGCUCUCCGCGCAUCCUCCCGUCCCAACUUUUGCAAGACACGGCCAAUCCUCUCUUCCCACAAAUUCUUCAAGAGCAGCCAUGGAAAAUCAAUGCUCGCC